CCGACCAAAUCAACAAAACCGCGCGUUUCAGGUGUUAUACUACACGACGUUUGGUUAUAAUAUUUAUUUUACUAUUGUUUUUACUAUUUGUUGUGUUUGAUGACAAGGAAUAUAUAUUAUAUAAAACAAUGACAGAAAAUAACCGCUGUCCUUCACCAAUAGAGGUCCAGGAUUUUUUAUUCAAGCAAGCUUCCAUAGAACAAAUAUGUAAAAGCCUUCCAAGAUUACCUGUUAGAUCCAAUUUAAUGGCUGCUGAUACAAAACACGGUUUAUUGUAUAUAGGUCAUGAUUAUAGGUUAAUUGUUGUUAAACCAGGAAAUGACUCAAAUGCGGAAUGGAAACUAGAAUUAAAAAUACCAGGUGUAGCAGAACAUGUACAGAUAAGUUGUGAUUGUUCAUUUUUAGCUGUCACUUUUUUAGGUGCUUCAGCUACAAUUUAUGAUACAAGUUCUAUCAGCAAACACAGAUUGGACAUACUUCAUGAAAUUAGAUUAUCAAGUAGUGCUGGAAAUGUUUUUGUGUCAGACUUAAAAUGGAAUCCAGCAAUUCCAGAAAUGUUUUGUUCCGUUACAAGUGAUCAUACCAUAGGCUGUUUUCAUGUUAAUAAAGAUAAAAAAGUAGGUAUUCAAAUAGUAGGAAUGGAAAGAAUUUCAGGUAUAGAUGCUCUCUGUGUUUCAUGGAGUCCUAAAGGUAAGCAACUAGUGGUAGGUUGCAAAAAUGGAGAUAUAAUCCAAUUAAAGCCUGAUCUGAAACCAGCUAGACAGUUAUCAGGUCCUAAACCCAGUCGAGGUAUGAUUAUAUCCAUUUUAUGGGUUAGCAAUUACCAGUUUUGCACUUGUUAUUAUCAAGACAAGUCACACAUUAGUGUAAUGAUUGUCGAUGCUCCAAAAGGUGUUACUGUUCCUAAGUUUACAGAUUAUGAAGAUAUCACUUAUGGAUAUGGUUCUUCUUAUGAAUUAUGGUAUUACUUUGACCAUGUCCCAGAAUGGGGAUUAAUUAUUGCAGCAAGUUCACAUAGUACUGAAGUAACAGUUUUGGGAUCGACUGACAAUGGAGCAACAUGGACUACUUGGGAAAUGGUAGAAGGUGGGACAGUUCAAUUGCCUCUCGACAGAAAGCAGGGAUUGGAAAAUUAUCCAAUUGGAAUGGCAAUAGACAGAUCUCCUACCCAAAGAUUAACUUUGUCUGCUGAUAACACCUUACCAAUACCAGUUCCUAUUCUAAGGAUACUAGUAACAAGUGGCCAGUUGUGCAGCUAUCAUAUGGUAAAUUUGAAAGAAGAGGCGCCAGAUAUUUGUUCUCCACCAUCAGAGGUUAUACAAGCACCUGCAAUACCAAGACCAAGUAUGGGGCCAGAAGUCUCCUUCAACUUGCCCUCUGGAGCAACCAGUACACCACAUACCACUAAGACUUUAGAAAGUAAACAAGAAGAAGCCAAAAUCUCAAACAUGUUUGGAGAGCCAGGAAUUCCCAGUUUUUCUAGCUUAGCUCCAAGCAACAAAGCUUCAGAGCCUCCACUCCAAACAGAAAUCAAGAAUGUAGGUUUUUCUGCUCCACCCGAAAUAAAAACAGGCGGUCUUUUCACACCGGAAAGCGUCAAAACUAAUCUGUUCCAGCGAGAUAACCAGACUCCUCAGAUAAAUCCGCAAUUCAAACCUACUCUCGGAGCACAGCAACCAGCUACAGGAUUUGCCACAAAACCUGAACUCAGAUCGGAACCUCAGAGAACGCAGGUAAUUCAAUCAGAGGUAAAAGUUACAAAAGGUCCAGCAAAAGAUCAGUCACCUGCAGCAUAUCGCGCAGAAGAAGCCGCAUCCGCGGCUAAAGAAUUACCCGUUUAUGAUGACGCACUCUGCUUGCGAGCUUACUUUGACGAGCAGUACAAGUUCGAGAAGGAGCUUCAAAGCAAGCUCGACUUGCCGAACUGGCAAGUGGGAACGGAUGAGGAACGCGACCUACUAGUGAAGAAAAGUGAGGACAUAGACGAGUUUCUGCGAGAGCUGAGGGAUACAACUAACAGUCUUGCCAGCGAUAUAGCUUACCUGAAAGCUUUGCUUCUUCAGUCAUUCGCCUGGCUAGAGGAGUCCAAAUCUAAGAACUCUACGGCACACUUGGGCGGCAGAGGUCGAACAGAGGGCACCAAAUUUGCUGACUUGCAAAGGCUUUAUUACUACACACAGUCGCAGUUGAUACAAGCGACCAAGGUUCUUGACCUCGAAUGGGCCGAGCAUAACAACCGCGAACUUACGCGAAUGAAAAUUCCUAGCUUGGAAGUGAUAUAUCAGAGUCUGUUCAGGCACAGUCAGAUCAUCGCUCAAGAGAAAAAGAACAUCGAGGAACUGUCCAAAAAGUGGCGCAGCCUCGCUCGUGGUGGUAGCAGUAGUCUUGCCAGUCUUGAUCGCUCAAUGGCGAGUUUGAAUUUAUCGCAAUCGUCGAGUACGACACUCAUUAGCGAUACUGCGAUCGACCUUCGCUGCAAGCUUAUCGCCAGUAACAUACGCAACUUCACUUCUGAGAAGCAGAUCAAGCUACGAGAUUUGCUCGCGGAGACUGCGCCCAUGAUUGUUAGAGCCGUGAGGCCUAGCGCGGUACAGGAUCGCCUGGAAGCUACGCUCUCUGCAUUGGCUGCUCAGAAACCAAUAGAAGCUGCAAGCUCCAAAACCAGAACUCCUAAAUUCGGGACCACGGACCAGCAGAAGAUGGUCGCUCAGCAAAGAUUGCCUGAUCUUGCAGAAUCGAAAACUCAUAAUUACCUAUCUUCUCUGGAUAACUUGGUUUCUGGUAUCGGUAGUGGCAUGACCGGACUGCCGUCGCUUAGCAAAUCACCGAGUUCGACUAGCCCGUUCUCCGCUCUAGCAGCCAAGCCACAGCUUACACCCACCCAAUCAAAAGCCAAAGAAAACGCGUCCCCCUUGUUUUCUCAAAGUUCUCGACAACCUCUGCAGACCACUUUAGCCAACAAGUCCUUCCCCAAGAUAGAUACUAUCAGCUUCAAUACAACGCAGAAAACGCCCGAACCCCAAGUUAAUAAGGACAACUUGAACAAGACCCCGGAGAGUACAGGUACGUUCACCAUGUUUCCGCCAAACACCUUUGGACGGCUUGGUUCACCAGAAGCAUUACAGUCGGGUACAGGCGCCGUCAUUACCUCGAUAACUACGCUGACGACAGUGCCCAAAGCGACUUUCAGCUUCUCUUCCAAUACUGUAGCUCCAUCUACGCCACACAGUUUUGUCGCGCCAAAGCUUGACAACAGCUCGGUUUUCAAGUUUUCAUCAAAUCUAAGUGCUACUUUGGCUCAACCGUCACCAGCUACUUCCACGUCGUCAGAUUUGUCAAGCUUGAACUUCGGUAAUCACUCGGGUCUCACGAUAACACCCAUUUCCAACGCGAAAACUACCACUAGCGCGGAGCCCGCAGGGCUGCCAACAUUUGCCUUCGGUAAAACUUCAUCGCCGCAACAGCAACAUUCGAUUUUCGGACAAUCUUUGAAUGUGUCUGCAGCUCUGACUCCAACUAUGCCGUCUUUAUUUGGAAAAUCAACCGCUCCAGCGAUUCUUACUGCAACAACAGUUUCUAGUCAAGAGAAAAUGAGUGCGAGUUCAACGACGGCUGUAGCUUCGAGUGCGCAAGCUGCUAUUAAUAUGUCAACGCCUGGUGCAGUUACAGUGUCCGUUGCGGCGGCACCGACCUCUAAUACGCCUUCGUCGUCGUCGGACUUCGGAACGUCUUCGCUAUUUGCAGGAUUACCUGCUGCUUCACCAACUUUCAAUCUCAGUGCUACUUCGACGCAAGCUACUCCUAGCACAUUUACACAAGCUACUACUGCCACUACAACGACUGAUUCCAGCACAAGAAUCUCGUUCCAAAACUUAUCGUCUACAGCACCUUCUUCAUCGUCUGGAUUUGCUGGAAUUCUUGGGGCUACGUCAGCUCUGAGCUUCGGUACAUCGUCCACGGGAACUUCCAUCACUCCCAUAUUUGGUACCACUAUGACCUCUGGUACCAAUACUUUUGGAAGCUCAACGCCAGCUACCACAGCAGUAGCUGCUGCUACCACUUCUGCACCUUCUAUCUCGUCGAUUUUUGGCAAAUCAACUAGCAAUACAGCAUCUCCACCUGCUGCACAUAUUUUUGGUGGUACCACGGCUGGUACAGUAUCCACGAAUACUACAACUAGUACAACUUCGUUGUUUAGUAGCACACCGAGCACCGGUACCACCUCGAUGUUCGGCGGUCAAACAACAGUCAUCAAUAGCAGCACUGGUAAUACUGAAAACAGCUUGUUUGGCGUAAAAUCCACGGCUACGACGACGGCGACCACAGCGAUCCCGACAGCAUCACUCCUUGGUAGUAGUGCAACAGCAACCACAGCGACCCCGACAGCAUCACUCUUUGGUGGCAGUGCAACAGUAACCACAGCUGCCUCACCAGGAUCUAUCUUUGGCGGUAGUACAACGGCAACCACAGCUACUCCGACAGCAUCUAUCUUUGGUGGCAGUACGACAGCAACCACAGCUACCCCGACAGCACCUAUCUUUGGUAGUAAUAUUUCGGUUACUCCUAAUACCUCGAUUUUUGGAAACAGCAGUACUCCAGGUUUUGGCGCCGCCGCUAAGACAACACAAGCAAAUGUCUUCGAAGGAAGCACAGCACCUAGUAGUUCGUCGGUCUUUGGAUCUAGCUCCUCGGUACCGGCAACUGGAUCAAUCUUUGGUGGUGCAAGCUCUACGCCAGUUUUUGGUGUAUCUACAACAGCAGUUCCAAAUAAUCCAAGUUCCGGAAUAUUCGGAAGUACACCUGCUAGUGGUUCAAUGUUUGGUGGUGGAACUAAUGCUGGAACCAUAGCCACAACUGGAAGUUCUGUAUUUGGUGCAACUCCAACAGCCUCGAUUUUCGGUGGCGGCGCUACAGUUACAACCACUGCGUCUAAUACAUCAAUCUUUGGAGGAACCGCGACCGUUACAACGCCAAGUGUCUUUGGCGUAAAUGCCAGUUCUCCGACUACUGGAGGUAUAUUUGGUGCAGCUGCUACGAGCCCAACUGUUGCUGGUACGAGCUCGAUUUUCGGGGGCCCACCGUCUUUAGGAGCCGGCACCUCUGCAUUUGGAGGUGCAGCUUCUCCUGGAGGUAACAUGGGAGCUGCUCCCGUAUUUGGAGGAGGGGCUGCUUUUGGAGGAGCUCCUGCAUUUGGAGGUAAACCCGUUUUUGGAUCUCCUGGUGGCUCUAGCUUUGGCUCUGGAUUUGGUUCUCCGACAUCUUUUGGUGGUACUGCUACUGCUGCCGGUUUUGGAAGAACACCAGUAUUUGGUUCGACAUCACCUUCGGCAACAAGUAAUACAUUUGCGGAAUUAGGUGCUCAACAAGGAGGGCUAUCUUUCGGUAGCUUGGCACAAAAUACAGAUACCCAGAAACCAAGUUUUACAGGGUCGAGUUCGUUUUCAAGCUGGAGAUAAUUUUAUUAUUUGUACGCUGUACAGAAUUUUUAAGAACUGAACGUAGCGUUGGAAAAGCGAAUCAUUAUUUUUAUAAAUUAUUUUUUGCUGUAGUUUGAUUGUUAAGAGUAUGAAGAAAUAUGAUGAAUGAAAUGAAGAAUAGAUAAUAAAAAUGAAAU